ACACUUCACCUGUUUUAAUGGAACAGUUUCGACUUGACGUGCAACUUUUCAGGCAAUUCUGAAUAAAAAAGCGACGAUUUUCUACUGAAAAACCAGUUGAGCCCCAGCCAGCAUUUCAGUCUGCUCUUUCAUUUCGUCGCUCAUCAAAAUGCGUCUCAUCUUAUUGGCGAUGGGUUUGUUCUCCCUCGUCGGGAUCGUCGUCUCUUCUGAAAAAGCGGGUGGUAACGUGCCAAGCAUUUCGAUCUAUGGCGGGACGGAAGCUGCUCGCGGUGAAUUUCCUUACAUGGUUUAUUUGGAUUUGGAUGGGGCUUUUUGCGGUGGGAGUUUAAUUGGUCCAUCUCACGUCCUGACAGCUGCACAUUGCCUAUCAGCCAAUCAAUCGUACGCCAGCACAUACACUGCGAUCGUAAACACGUUGGCGUGGGACGGAUCAACUCCCGGUGCUAUAACCCGACAAGUGAAGAAAAUCAUCCGUCAUCCCACUUCUGACAUCGGCCUCCUGGUCUUGAGAAGUGCCGUCACAACUAUUAAGCCCAUCCCCUUACCAUCACCACUACCACCGACCACCACCAAAAAACCCGGUACCACCAAGGUCCCCACCAAGAUAACCACGCCCUUUUAUUCGUGUGCGUGCGCCCCUUUGAGUGAAUACGCCGACAUGAAUGCCGUCGUCGCUGGAUGGGGCGUAGUAUCUCCAGGCGUAGCGCCUGAUAUAUUGCUGAAAACGAACGUGACCAUCCACGACGAUUCGGUUUGCAUCCGCCAAUACGGAAUCGGCGGAAUCGACAUCGGCCGCGAAUUAUGCGCAUCCGCUCCGGGAAAAGAUACCUGUUCGGGUGACAGCGGAGGUCCGAUUAUUGUCAAUCGAGUCCUGGUGGGAGUCACCAGCGGUGGUAUGGCCUGUGCCGAUCCUUAUUAUGCUGGAAUCUACGUUAGAAUCAGACCUUUCCUCGACUGGAUUAAAAAAAAUAUGGCCAACAAUCCAGGAUAAAAACUAUUUCAAACAUUGAAUCCUUUUUCAGUAUUUUUAAAUGGGAAACUUUAUUCAAUAAUCCUUGUAUUCCUUUGGGCAUCUGGCAUUUUGGUUACCAUGAACUGUUAGUUUCAUGUGCAUAAUAUUGAUACUUUGAUGGUUUGUUAUUGAUUACAAAACAUGUACACAUUAUGUGAGUCA